CUCCCGCCAUGGCGGACAAGAUGGACAUGUCCCUGGACGACAUCAUCAAGCUGAACCGGAGCCAGCGGGGCCGCGGCGGCGGCGGAGGAGGAGGCGGAGGAGGGGGCGGCCGGGGCCGGGGCCGGGCCGGGGCCCGAGGGGCGCAGGCGGCGGCGGCGGGCGGCCGGACGGGCCGCGGAGGAGGAGGAGGAGGCGGAGGAGCGGCGGCGGCGGGCCCCAUCCGGAACAGGGCCGCCAUGGCCCGCGGGGGGACCGGACCCGCAGGGAGAAACCGGCCCGCGCCCUACAGCCGGCCCAAGCAGCUCCCGGACAAAUGGCAGCACGAUCUGUUCGACAGCGGGUUCGGAGCGGGCGGCGGAGGCGGCGUGGAGACCGGCGGGAAGCUCCUCGUCUCCAACCUCGACUUCGGGGUGUCCGACGCUGACAUCCAGGAGCUGUUCGCCGAGUUCGGCACGCUGAAGAAGGCGGCGGUCCACUACGACCGGUCCGGCCGCAGCCUGGGCACGGCGGACGUGCACUUCGAGCGGAAGGCGGACGCCCUGAAGGCCAUGAAGCAGUACAACGGGGUGCCCCUGGACGGUCGCCCCAUGAACAUCCAGCUGGUCACGUCCCAGAUCGACACGCAGCGGAGACCCGUGCAGAGCGUCACCAGGGGCGGCAUGAUCCGAAACCGCGGCGGGGCCGGAGCCUUCGGCGGCGGAGGGGGCGCCCGGAGAGGCAGCCGCGGCGGGGCCCGGGGCCGGGGCCGGGGGGCCGGCCGGACGUCCAAACAGCAGCUCUCGGCAGAAGAACUAGACGCACAGUUGGAUGCUUACAAUGCCAGGAUGGACACCAGUUAAGCCGUCCCGCCCCGCCCCGCCCGCGCGGAUCCGACUCCAGACGCCUCAUUCCACGCUCCCAGGCGGGAGGGACGGGGGGACUCGUCCGAGGGGGGGGGGGGGAUUUGGUUCCUUUUACGUUUUGAGAUAGGUUUUAAAACUCAUGUAAAGGUUUCGUUUGGUUUUGGUUUUUUUCCCCCUUUUGUUUCUUGGUUUUUGUUUUGGUUUUUCUCCUCGUUUGGUUCUCUUUUUUUUAUCUUUUUUUUUUUUAAUUUUUAAUUCCGAAACAGACCUGUUUUGUACCGAGUUAUUUUUGGGAUAAAUUUUACCCGUUACCGUUGUGGAGAAGGUGGCGUUUUCACCUUUGCCAUAAUAAAAUAGAAACGUGUGUAGGAUCUUCA